CAUGAACCCGCUGGCGGUGGAGAUCUGGCUGUACGUCAUGGCCGCCUACAUGGUCGUCUCCUUCACCAUGUUCGUGAUGGCGCGCUUCAGCCAGUACGAGUGGAACAACCAACCGCACCCGUGUGCUUCGACGAUAACGACGUGGUGGAGAACCAGUCAGCGUCAGCAACGCUUCUGGUUCAUCACCGGCACACUGCUGCGGCAGGGCUCCGGACUGAAUCCUAAGGCCGCAUCGACGAGGAUCGUGGGGAGCAUCUGGUGGUUCUUCACGCUAAUCAUCAUCUCGUCCUACACGGCCAACCUGGCGGCCUUCCUCACAGUGGAACGGACCUCGACGCCUAUAGAAAGCGCUGCAGACUUGGCAAAACAAGAAGACAUCGAAUAUGGAACGUUGGAGGGAGGCUCAACUAUGACGUUCUUCAGGGACUCUAAGAUCGAGACGUACCAGAAGAUGUGGAAGUUCAUGGAGAGCCGAAAGCCGUCCGUAUUCGUUCCCAACUACGAGGAGGGGGUGCAGCGCGUGCUGAAGGGCAACUACGCGUUCCUCAUGGAGUCCACGCUGCUGGACUAUAUCGUGCAGCGCAACUGCAACCUCACCCAGGUCGGCGGACUGCUCGACUCCAAGGGGUACGGCAUCGCCAUGCCAGUCGGCUCUCCGUGGCGGGACAAGAUCUCUCUGGCGAUCCUGGACCUGCAGGAGAAGGGGGUGAUCCAGAUGCUGUACAACAAGUGGUGGAAGGACACCGGGGACGUGUGUAGCAGGGACGAGAAGAAAAAGGACUCCAAGGCCAGCCCGCUCGGCAUCGCCAACAUUGGUGGCGUUUUCGUGGUGCUGCUCUGCGGGCUGUCGCUGGCCAUCGUCGUGGCGAUGCUGGAGUUCUGCUGGAACUCCCGGAAAAACGCCCAGACAGAUCGGCAAUCCCUCUGCAGCGAGAUGGCCAACGAGCUGCGGUUCGCUGUGCGGUGCCACGCUCCUCCGCGACGACCGGCCCUGAAGCGGUCCUGCUCCCGCUGCCAGACUACUAGCGCCACCUACGUCCCGCCGCCGCCGCGAGCGCCGCCUAACGGCUGCGAGCUGAACCUGCCGCGCAGUGUGGAGAACGGGGCAGCCCGGCACCGGGGGUCGUUCGGGUACGAUGUGAACGAUUGUGCGUGAUUCUCAGACAGCGGUGUGAAGUGAGGUGAGCUGUUGUAGCCUGGGGAGGGGAGGUGUUUGUGUAUGUGUCGGUGGGGCUGGAGGGGUUACUGGUAUUUGACCAAACGUGCGACAUCAGCCUGUUGGGACUGAGUCAGUGAGUUACUCGCGGCCUAUUUACCAACACCAGAGAAUGCUUUAUUUGCUCCUUACAGCGUCCACCACUCACUAUACUAAUGGGAAAUACCAUGCUGGUACUUCUUUCCGAUUUCCUGUCCCUUGAUAGUGUAUAUCACAUGAGCUGCGACUGAUUAAUAGUGAUCCACAUUCCAUAUGCGAUACAGAUUGCAAGUGCGUAAAAGAAGUGUUUGAUUGUAGUGUGGUUAUUGGUUGUGAAUGUCGAUACCAACCAUCAUAGUGUCAGUCUGAAUAACCCAUCUGAGUGGAUGAUUCUUGUAUGUAUAUUGUACAUAGGGAUUUACAUAAAUAAGCUGGUAUGAUAACUGAUAAGCUUAGAAUGUGUGCUGAUCAGUGAUCGUGCACCCAGAAUUUUCAUAAAAAAUGCAUUACCGACAUAGAAUAUGUACGUUAUUGAUGGGUGGCAUAAUAAGCUUGGAGCUGCGUGUGAAUCUGUCAUUGCAAAGGACGCAUGUGUACACUGAAUACUUUUUCAAUUGCUAGUCAUGACCGUCCAAAGACGCGUUUUAUUGCGAUAGAAGAUUGUGAAUCAAAGCCCGUUCAAAAUUGUGACAGAAAUGAAAAACUCCUAGCAUUUUUUUGUGACGGAACGGAGUUGAAAAAGAAGCAGGGUAAAGCAGAUACCUCGAUUCGCAUUUUUAGAAAGCACUGACGCAGCAUACGAGUUGACCGAUGACAAAUGAUUUGUUGACAAUAAAUGAAGACACCAUACACCA